GGCCCAGUCCCGGUGAUCUUCUUGCUCUUCUUACACUCCCUUCUAGACUUACCUAGUCCUGCCCAUGGACAUAAUCCUCAUGCUUCGACAUGAAAACGGCACCGGAAAUGGAGGAUGAUAACAAGGAGCGACAACAAGCCGAACUUUUGGACAAAAUACACAGCCUCAGCGACCUCGAGCUCGCCGUCCUCCUCUCCCUCAUCGCACGGGAGCACUGUUUGAUCAGCACCGAACCCGACUUUGUCGAGGACCUAUCGAAAGAGCUAUGUCUGACCGCCGUCAAGACCUUUGGCCUUACGCCCGUCAUCGUCCCAUGCCACUCGCAGAUGACGCUCGAUGAGUUCGCAGCAGCACUCUUGGUCCCCGUCACUCCACCAAGCUCACCACAGCCCAACAACAACAACGCCAACCCUCAACACUACCACUCCCACCGCUCUGUACCUUCCGGCUCUGGGUCAUACUUCUCCUCGAAACACAAUAAUGUCCCAGGCUCAUCUUCCUCCGCCCACCCGCCCCCACAACAACAACAACAACCACCAGCAACGCAAAUAGCCAACGUGGUGCUCGCCCAAAACCUCGACCACGCCCCGCGCGCCGUGCAGAUCCAAGCCCUCGAUCUCCUGCGCACGCGCCGCCUCUUCACUCGAACAAGUGUCCAGACCGCUCCGAAGCAGUUUCUCUUCGUGGCCGUCGUCGGCGCAGAAAGCGGCGGACAGGCACGCGUCACUCACCAUAUGAACGAUUUCCUCUACCUCGCGCACUGGCACGAUCCAGAAGAUGGUUUCACCUACCUUGAAGAACAAGCGGAAGAAGGAUGGGCCACCGGUGUUGGGUUCGGCAGCAGCCGUAUGGGAAUAAUGGGAGUGGGGAAUAACAACGACAACAACGAUGACAGCCACGGCGACGACAGCCCCUAUACCAAGGCCGAUGAUGACCGAGCCUCGAUCGACUCUGGAAGCAGCGUCGUCAAGAGGGGCGUGGGGAGCAUGGCCAACAGCGGAUUAAUCCACGAAUCUUACCACUCUGCCCUCAGCGGUCCCGGUCGUUUAGGAGCGUUGGGAGCGCCCGUGUCCCUCUCUCCCCAACUCACCUUCCACAGCAACGAGCUCACAGCCGUCGGGGGACCACAACCACCCCUCCUCUCCGACUCCGAAAUCGCCCACCUCGCCCACCUCUCUCUCAGUGUAUGCGUGGACAUCGACGUCCGCCGCUACCAGAUGAACAUCGUCGCCUUCUUGCGCAUUCACCGGGCCGUUAGCGGCGGCGUCACGCCCCAAGCCACCAAACAUUUCGAGCAGCUGAUGAGGAGCCUGGCGCCGCUGCACGGGCUGGAUUUCGUCACGCCGGCGCUGGUCGGGUUAGCUGCUAAGAAGGUCUACCUGCACCGCAUCGAGAUUGUGACCCAGCCCGAGCGGGAGAGGAGCAUGCAGUGGGGCAGCGAGCUGGCGGCGGUUGAGGCCAUGUUGGAUGGGGUCGGGCCGGAGGAGGUGAUUGAGGAUGUGCUGGGGAUGGUUGCUGUUCCCCAGUAGGAUUAGGGGAGGUGGUGGGAGAGUGAAUGAUAAUGGAGGCGGGUUAUGAGGAGGAAGAGAAGGGAGGGGGUAAUGUUUAAUCGUAAUGGAAGAAGAGAGUGCGAAUUGGGAGCGGAAAAAUAAUGAAUUUUGGAUGGUAGCAAUAGACAGAGGGUGCAGACAAAAUUACAUGUAAAUUAAAACAAAGCUACAAGCUACCUUGACCACCUACCAUUCCAUAAGGUGGCGGCAGAUAGCUCUUAAUCUAUGAUUUUUAUCCCAAAAGUCAUCCCG